UGUACAACUCUAGAUUAUUUUUUCUUUCUCCAUCUCCCAUUGUUGGAGCUGGAAAUUUAAAUUAAAUUAAGCCAAUAUAAUGUCUGGCGUAUGGAUAUUUGACAAGAAAGGUGUUGCCCAUUUGAUCAAAAAUCCUACUCGUGAGUCCUUUGAGCUAAAACAACCAGCAUAUCCAGGCACCGGCACAGCCACUGCACCGGGAGCACGCCCUCGAGUUCUAGUAUACCUACCGGAGAACGAGAUGAUAAGUUCCUAUGAAGAACUAGAGAGGAGACUCAUUGAGCUCGGAUGGACCCGAUUUAACAACCCUAUGAGGUCCGAUCUCCUGCAAUUCCACAAAUCAGAUGAUUCUGCACAUCUCAUUUCACUUCCUAAGAGCUUUACAAACUUCAAAUCUCUACAUAUGUAUGACAUUGUAGUCAAGAAUCCAUCGUUUUUUGAAGUCCGCAACGCUGAAGUGGAUAAUCAUCUUAUCUAAAAAAAAAAAAAUGGUUAUAGAAAAUACCCUCUAAUUAACUAAUUAUAUUAUGUCUCGACACACCCCUUUCACGUGUGUAGGCUUGACUCUUUUUCAUUGGCCAGAUGGAAUGUUAUUUUGUUCU